AUGCUACCCACGACGCUCAAGGAGUCUUUCUUGCGCAACGACGAGGCGCCAGCGCAGGAUGCGCGCAACACGCAUCGGUUCCUAAUGACGCUCGGUCUUGGCCUCGUGCUCUUCCUCGUCUCAUUCUUCGUGCUGCCACUGUCGAUGGCGGCGUUUGGCGUGCUCUACUCGUUUGGGUCGCUUAUCAUUAUGCUCUCGACGCUCUUCCUUGCGGGGCCGCGCCAGCAGUGGGCCAACCUCCAAGAGAAAAACCGACUGCCCUGCUUCACUGCGUACCUCUCGACGAUUGGGCUCACGCUCGUCUUUGCGCUCUGCCCAGGUCUCUGGUUUCGCUCGAUCUUUGUGUUCUUCUCCGUCUUUGUGCAGUGCUGUGCGCUCACGUGGUACUGCCUCAGCUACUUUCCCAAGGCACAAGCCGGCCUCCGCGCUUGCCUCCACUUUGCGUUUGGCUAA